AUGCUCGGAAGGGAAGCAAACGAUUCACCGACUGUCGGAACGGGAUCAUGGUGCUGGGUCAAAUGUAAAGAAAGCAACCCCCACAAGACACUGUUUUACAUGUAUCUUACCGGAAAAGGCUUUGAAAUACUGUGUUACGUGAUCACAGCCGCUCUUUAUGUUUUAAUGAAACUGCGAAUGUAUCUCGUAUAUAGAAAUAGAAGACUUCAUGAUAUUCAGUCAGAUCUACGGGACGAUGACAAGAAUUUUGUAUAUGUUUGGCUGGUCUUUCUGAUGAUUCGUAUUUGGGGCACGAUCAGAUUCUAUCUACGAGUAAUCCCCGAUAAAACCAGUGAUGUAAUUGAAGGGGUUGACAGAGUUUUGAUAUACUUCCAGGCCAUUGGGGACCCCAGCCAAGCUUUCUGUAACUGCAUACUGUUUUGCAUACUAGAUGGUGAAAUUUGGAAAAAGAUUCUGGGGUACAUUUUAUGUAGGCCAUCACAUGCGCAUAACAAUAAUAUGGUUGAUAUUGAAGAUACAGACAACGACGUUGACAUAAAUAGAGACAGUGAUUGUAUUCCACUGUUUGGUCAGAAUUAUUCUGGAAGAAGGAGAUAUGGCUCUUGUAGUGAGCUCGUCGAGGAAACUACUAAUCAACAUAAGGACUGUUUUGAACGCAUGCAUAAAACAACGGGAUGAAUCGUAGUAACACAUCAAAAAACUUAUACUUAAGAAUAGUA